UGAAUGAAUGUAUGGUAACGGUUGCUAGUAAUCUCAUCUUGAUACACUUUUGGGUAGUUUAACUUCUUCAAAGAAUCUUAAAUACAUGUUUUAGGAACGUGGAGGGAAGAUUUUCUUGACAGUAGCUUUAUUUUGAUAAGCCAAAUGAGCAGAAGCAUACGCCUUAAUUUAAUAUUGACUCAGAGUGAUGUUCUCAAGACAUUCUGUGUGUGCAAGUGUGAGUGAGUCAGUCAACACAAGGGAUAUUGACAUGUUUAUUUCCUCCAAGGGUGUGUGAGCAGCCAUGGCUUCACUGGGACAAAUCAUCUUCUACAUCAUGAUCACGCUCAUUGUUAUCUUCUCAGCGAUCAUCAUCCUCAUCGUGUCCUUGACGCUUUCAGGUAACUCUCAGGUUGAGAGCCUCAACAGACUUCCUGUUGCCAACCUCGGUGAAGACUACAUACUUAGCUGCUUCCUGCCUGCAGACAGCGAACAGAGUACAUUCGAAAAGGUGUCCAUAACAUGGAGGAAGAAGUCACUGGAAGGAAUCGUUUACCGCUAUGAAGAUGGUGCCGAGAACAACGCCGAGCAGGACUCACAAUACAGGGGCAGGGUAGAGAUCUUCAGUGAUCUUGUGCUUAAAGGAAACGCCUCAUUGCUGUUGCGGAAGGUACGACUCCGUGAUGCAGGCGAGUACACAUGUUCGCUCAGCCACUCAGGAGGCGGCGGGGACAUCAAAAUCAACCUCAGGACAGCAGCCUUCACCGCCCCCACAUUUACAUUUUCAAGCGGUGUCCUGACAGCUGUGGCGAGCAGGUGGUUUCCACAGCCCAAUGUAACAUGGUUGGAUGCCGAGGACAACGUCCUGCAGGGUAGCACGGACUUUAUCGAGAGCUCUGCAGGGAUAUUUCGAGUGAUCAGCACCCUGGGGUCAGUCAAUGUCAGUGACACAUACACUUGCAGGAUCAAGAACGAUUUGGUGGCAUCAAACUCUGAUGCCACUGUAACAACAGGUUCUGUUACUCCCGGAGAAGCAUACUUUACGUACAGCGCUGCAUCAGCCCAACUAACAUCAUAUUUGAGAGUCAUAACGUUUCUCCUUUGUGUUACGUAUCUAAUGUAAUGCAAAUUUCUAUUUCAUCCCAGCAAAACAAA